UCCCGCUCUUUUCUUACAUCUCUAUUUUGUCCACCGUUUGUAUCAAUCACUAUAUUCGAUAAAUAUAUAGAUGUGUAUGUAUCGUAUGAUUUUGUAGAAAAAUGUUGGAGGCGACGACGAGUUCUUUUGCAGGGAGCUUACCAUCAAGUAGCGAAAGAUCUUCUAGCUCUGCUCUUCAACUUGAAGUUAAAGAAGGUGUGGAGAGUGAUGAAGAGAUCAGAAGAGUACCGGAAUUUGGAGAAGCUGGUGUUUCAGCUUCUGGGAGGGAGGGUAGCUCUCAAGGUGGUCCAGACCGGGUCCAAGGGGCUGGAGAGGGUUCUAGAAAGAGGGGUAAAAGCCCAGCUGACAAAGAGAAUAAGCGUUUAAAGCGAUUGCUAAGAAAUAGAGUUUCUGCUCAACAAGCAAGGGAAAGGAAGAAGGCAUACUUAAGUGAAUUGGAAGUGAGGGUGAAAGAUUUGGAGAAGAAAAACUCUGAGCUUGAUGAGAGGCUGUCCACUUUGCAAAAUGAGAACAAUAUGCUGAGACAAAUACUGAAGAAUACUACAAGUGGUGGCAGGCAGGAUGGGAGGAAGUAGCUGCUGGCUCUCGCGUGAGAUAAUGAAAAUAGUAGAAGCCUUGUUCCUAAUGUUUUUAUUCUGAAAGAUUGGAAAUACUGUUGUUAAUAGGUUUCUCUUAAUUGUCCAUGCAACAUAUAUUUUGAUGGUGCAAGGAAAAAUCAGGCAAUCUAGUUUCUGAGUUGUGUAGUCUAGGUGUCUAGUCCAAAAUAAUAGUGCCGAUCUGUUGCCUACAUGCGUUCAUGCAUAGAUAAUACUACUACUUAUGAGAUCUUCUGGUCGA